AUGCAGGGCAAGCUAGCUAUCGUAGCCAAGCAAAGGGGCCCUGGUAUUAUUUCCAAUCCCAAGAAGAAGUCACAAACUCGAAUUCCUGCUUCAACUCCAAAGCCAGACUCAUGUCUUCCCCCGACCGUUUCAAUUAUCAAGAUCGAAUUCCCAGAGACAACAUCAAGUCAAGCCAACCAGCCAUACCUGAAGUUUAUUUCAUCGACGGUAUUGUCACAGCUGCCGGAGUCUUCGUCCUGGGUGUAUGUGCCAACUCGCCGCACCAAUCAGAUCUUCCUCCUCGCACAACGCAGGGAAAAUGCUGCCCAUGCCGCCUUGGUCGUUGGGGGCCGACUCUGGGACGGAACAUGGCGUGCUUAA